AUGAACCCUCUACAUCAGUUCCUGAUAUCAGCCCAAUCUGAUACUUUCCGAAACCUUGCUGUUAAGCUACACCUUUCCAAGCAUCUCCUCUUUUGGUCAUUAGAUAACAGACAACUCAAUGGCUUCUUCUUCUUCUGGCCACUUAACAUCCAUUUUUUCUUCGACUUUCAAGAAAACAAUUCAGAGCUUAUCCAGAUUGUCAGCUGA